UCUCUUGAGAAGUCCUUUCUGUCUGCUUCCUUCCCUCUCUCUUGUUUUAAAUACACCACAUUAGUCUAGACUCUCUACCAUUUUCUCAAGCGGUACUACUUCUUUCUCAAUCACUAUUCAGUAUUCACGGCUACCUUUAGUUUUUUGACGCAAAACAAAACAUGUCUUCUCAAUCCACUAUUCUCUUCCGCGCUCUCUCUCCAAAGGGUCCCCUACCUUCUCCUUCCUCUUCGACACCCAAAUAUGCUGCUGGUACUGGAUGGUGGGUGGCUAAAGACAAAAGGGCUCACUUCAAUUUAAGGAGAGAGUGCAAGGCCUUACCAAAACCCCAAACUCAAGAAUACGUGGACGUAUUUCAAAGUGGUCUGCCAGUGAUAAAGUGGCAUGAGAUUGUGGAAGAUGAUAUAGAAGAGGAAGCUCUCCAGGUUUAUAGGUCAAAUGAGAUUAAGGAACGUGUGGAUUCCAUAAAAUCGAUACUGGGUUCAAUGGAAGAUGGAGAGAUCAGCAUAUCGGCUUAUGACACAGCCUGGGUGGCUCUCGCGCAGGACCUCAAUGGAGGAGGGACUCCGCAAUUCCCAUCAAGCCUAGAGUGGAUCGCCAACAAUCAGCUCAUGGACGGGUCAUGGGGAGACGACUGCUUAUUCUAUGCUCACGACCGGAUAAUCAACACAUUGGCGUGUGUGAUCGCAUUGAAAUCGUGGAAAAUUCAUCCGAACAAGUGCGAGAAAGGGGUGUCAUUCAUCAAAGAAAACAUAAGCAAGCUUGAAAAGGAGAAGGCUGAGCACAUGCCUAUAGGAUUCGAAGUAGCUUUCCCUUCUCUCCUCGAGAUAGCUCGGAACUUGGGCAUCGAAGUACCCAAUGAUUCGCCCUUCUUGAAGGAGAUCUACGCCCAGAGAAAUCUGAAGCUCACAAAGAUACCAUAUGACAUAAUGCACAUAGUGCCCACAACACUACUCCACAGCUUGGAAGGAAUGGCAGGUCUAGACUGGGAAAAGCUUCUAAAACUACAGUGUCAAGAUGGGUCAUUUUUGUUUUCUCCAUCGUCCACUGCCUAUGCCCUCAUGCAGACCCAAGAUGAGAAUUGCUUUAGAUACCUAAACAAAGUGGUUGAGAGAUUCAGUGGAGGAGUCCCCAAUGUUUACCCUGUCGACUUGUUUGAGCACAUAUGGGCUGUGGAUCGGCUGCAGCGCCUUGGGAUAUCGCGGUAUUUUGAGCCUGAGAUUAAAGAAUGCAUCAAUUAUGUUGCCAGAUAUUGGAAAGAAAAUGGAAUCUGCUGGGCUAAAAACUCCGAAGUUCACGAUAUUGAUGACACUGCUAUGGGGUUUAGGCUCCUUAGGUUACAUGGCCAUGAUGUUUCUGCUGAUGUGUUCAAGUAUUUUGAGAAAGGUGGUGAGUUCUUCUGCUUUGCUGGGCAGUCAUCCCAGGCUGUGUCCGGGAUGUUCAACCUCCACAGAGCUUCCCAGGUGCUGUUCCCUGGAGAAACCAUUCUCGAGAAUGCCAAGAAGUUCUCUUCCAAGUUUCUAAGGGAAAAACAAGCUUGUGACCAGCUCCUGGAUAAGUGGAUCAUAAUGAAGGAUUUGCCUGGUGAGAUAGGGUAUGCGCUGGAUGUUCCAUGGUAUGCAAGCUUGCCUCGUGUGGAGACCAGAAUUUAUAUUGAACAGUACGGUGGAAAAGAUGAUGUAUGGAUUGGCAAGACCCUUUACAGGAUGCCUUAUGUAAACAAUAAUGAUUAUCUUGAGCUUGCAAAACUGGACUUCAAUAACUGCCAAGCCCUGCAUCAGCUUGAAUGGGACAGCAUUCAACAGUGGUACACACAAUGCCAUCUUGGGGAGUUUGGGGUUAGCAGAAAAGCCUCUCUCUUGGCUUAUUUUCUAGCAGCAGCCUGCAUAUUUGAGCCUGAAAGGUCAAUUGAGAGGCUUGCUUGGGCGAAAACAGCCAUCUUGGUCUUGGCGGUCCGGUCGUAUUUCAGCAAGGAAACAUGUAUUAAGCAGAGGAGAGCCUUCCUUCUUAAAUUUGGAUACAGCCCAAGUGGAGGAGACUACAUGAAGAAGAUCAAUGGAAGGGGCUCUGACUUGAACAUGACUGCAAAGAGGCCUGUGGGAUUCCUUAAGAACAAGAGCGGAGAGGAACUUGUCGGACUCUUACUCGGAACCUUAAAUCAACUCUCAUUGGAUACACUGGUGGCUCAUGGCAGAGACAUACGACACAUCUUACGUCAAACUUGGGAGAUGUGGCUGAUGAAACAUUUGGAUGAAGGAGAUGGGUACCGAGGAGAGGCAGAGCUCCUGGUGCGGACCAUAAAUCUCUGUGCUGGUCGGUCUCUCUCAGAGGAGUUGUUGGCUCAUCCUCAGUACAGGCGUCUCUCUCAACUCACUAACAGAAUCUGCAAUGAUCUUGGUCUCUUUACAUUGCACAAGGGUCACAAUGGCACCUAUAAUCCAGAAAAUGGCAGCCCUAUGAGCCAUAGGGUAGAGUCAGACAUGCAAGAACUUACGAAGAUAGUGCUGGAACACUACCCUGAUGGCAUCAACCCAGAAAUCAAGAGGACUUUUGAGAUGGUGGGCAAGAGUUUCUACUAUGCUGCCUACUGUGGACCUGCAACCAUCAGUGCUCAUAUUGCUAAAGUCCUCUUUGAGAGAGCAGGCUGAUUUCUCCCUACAGAUAUGGAGAUGAGUAGAAGAAGGUGGUGAUGGGCUAAUGUACACAUUGUACAAAUGAAAGAAAUAAACAUAAGCUUCCCUUCAGUCUUAGGGUAGUGUCAGAGAGUUGAUGUAAAGUCUUUUUUUCUAUCCAGUCAAAGAUGCUAGCUCUAAGAAACCAACAAAAAGAAGAGGAGAGAAAGAUAUGCUCCAUAUGAUAAAUUUUCAAGGGUUUUUCAAGUUAAUUAUGACUGACCCACCCACAAUAAUGAAUCAGGAGAGGUAAUUGUUUUCACUUUUUGAUAAA